CCCAACAUAAUAACUCAAUCGAUGGAUCCCUAGAAAUAGGUUUCUAUCAUCUGAUAUCAUAGCCAGAAUGAGCUCAUCGAAGUUCUUCGAUCCAGAAUGGGUCCGUCUUAGCCAGAUGUUGCAGCAGUCUCUUGACCGCUACGAACGGGAAGAGCGGGAGAGGGCGAAGGGUGCAGCGACGGAUGGCAGGGCAGCGGUCCCGGCCGCGGGCGAAGAGGAGCAGCGGCGACGAGCUGGGCCGACCGUGGAAACCGCGGCGCAAGCUCGAACGGUUGGUGCUGACGUAGCGAGCAUCUUCCUCAACUCAGUGGCAGGUCAGGAGGUUCCGAAGACGCUACGAUUCCUCGCAAACAUCGACGGGCGCUCCGCCAUGACAUUGGUGGACAACUGUGCUUCGCUAAACUUCAUUGGCGCGAAGUUCGCGAAAACGCUAGUGCAGGAGGCGUGUGAGGUGGAGGCGAAGGAGGUCGAAAGCCUCCUUAACCCCCUCGGCGGAUCAAGCCACCCAUCAUCACCGUUGAAGCAUCAUCUCCACCACCCGCGGCAGAAAUUUCUGCCGUAUUUCUCCCAGCUGCAGUUGAAGAAGCAGAUUAGGCGGCCACAACCACACCAUCAUCUGCGAGGGUCAUGACAAUGACGCCUGCAAUGACAAGCACCAUCAACACCGUCGCAACACUGGAGUCGCGGGAACCGAAGCUGGUUCUGGCUUUUAUCCUUGGAGAAGAAGCUUCGGUAGCUGCUACCCCCAUCGCGUCACCACAGGCGCGAGAGAAGGAGCCAGAGAGGAAGAUGAAGCAGACGACGCGUUGUCGGGUACUAUCCAGAGGGACGCAAGGAGCGUCACUAAUCACGAUCGACGAUCGCGUUCGCAGAAUCGUCGAUCGAGCAGUAGAGCCGGUGUGGAGCGUUCCUAAA